CGCCAUUUUUCUCUAUGUGAAAAUUUUUAUCAGUCGAAUUGAAUUGUUGCGUGUGAAAAUAUAAUAGCAAUUUUAAUUGAAAACUUGGAUUUUAAACAUUUUAAAACGCGUUUUGCUUGCCAAGAAGAAAAAUGCGAGUAACGAAAAGUGAUAUAAGCUUAGAAUUAGAAUGCUGGGUUGAGGAAUUAUCCCCAGCACAAUUAGCUGCAUACGAGAAAGUGACCAAUGAGCAUAAUGCAAUUAAAAAUGCACUAAAAUCAGCAUUGACUAGCAAUGAGGGUCGUGAGCUUUUCAAUGGCCAGGUAUUUCAGGCGUAUUCAUUUAAGGGUAAAGUUUUACAGGAAUUAAAAGAGGCCACAUUACCACCAAAAAAACCCGCUAAAGUUGAUGCACCUACUACGCCAGUGGGCGGUACACGCGGUGGUGCGCGUAAACGUCCAUCUAACUUUGUAUAUUUAGAAUCUUCGGAUGAAGAGGAAGACGAUGUGCCAUUAGCGAAGCGCAUUGCAGUAGCUGCAGGCAAAAAGGGGUUAACGCCGGUCGCUAUUGGCACACCUGGAAACGUUACAAAGGGAGCUAAAGGUCAAAAGGGCCUGCAGCCCCCUACUUCGCCAGGCACAAUUGGUAAAGGUGGAAAAGCUGGUUCAAGCGGAAAAGCAACAACAUCAAGUAAAGGUGAUAAAGGCGCAUCACCUACAACCCCGCCAACAAAUUUCAAGCCAUCAGAAAUUAGUUCCGUCGGCGGUUUGGUUAUCGGUACGGAUGGUAAAGAUGGAAAGGACGGUAAAGACCAAGGUAAAGAAACUAAACUUCAAGGCAAAACAUUUCCAUCUUUGGUGGUGUUGGCCAAACCUUGGCUCAAAGUUAAAGAUAUGUCAAGUACACGUAGCAAAUUGGAUUCAAAGGUAAAGUUGGUGCUGAUGUUGACACCAAAUAAAUUUACUGAAUGGCUUAUACAAGAGGGUCUGUUAAAAGCAGAGCAAAAGUGCGCUAAUCAUCGCUCAUAUGAGUUAAAAUUGGGUGUUUAUUCUGAUGCCACAAAGUUUCCCUACACCGGUGGUUAUGUUUGGAUUAGUGAAUGCUGUCCAAUGCGUUUUGUUUCUGUAUUUCACGGUUCCAUAUUUGAAGGUGCACCACACCCACCAUCAUGCAUACUCAAACUAAUUUAUCAUUGGUCUUGUCAGACAAAUAUACAAAACGUCGUACAGUGGGUUAAGGUAGACAAUGUCUAUAUAAAGGGUGUUUAUACGUGGCUUCGUGCAAUUUGCACAUUAGCAGUGCAUCAAAAAUGUAAAAAGCUAGGCGGACCAGAACGAUUUGUGGAGGUUGGUGUUAUCUCGUUGGGCACCACAUCGCAGGAUGGUCAACAACGUCAAGUGAAAGUUGAAGUUUUAGGCGUUCUGGAUUAUGCAGAGAAAACCAUACGACUACGUGCCGUCGAACCGGUAUCCGAUGCUGAUCGCAAUUAUAAAAAACGUUUUCAGACUAUACUGGAGCCGUUGCAACGUUGGGUGCACAAAGACAGUGUUAUUUGCAUUGAUUUAACUGUGGAUAAAAUGACACUAUACUCCAUGGGCUUUAAAAACAUCAUACAAGCUGCCGCAACCGAUAGCUCUGCCAAGCACACAAACUCCGCCGUAAUGGAUUACUUACGUCGCAUUGUGCCACGUAUGUUCCAGAAUACCUUAUCCCUGCUGUCGCGUCAGAUGAUCCAACAAUUUUUGGAUGAAUUGGUUUGGCGUGAACAAUUCGGCACAUAUGCAUUGCAGGCUUUCAACAACAUAACCUCACAUAUAGCAGAGCAGACACGUAUGAACACCAACGAAACGCUCACGCAACGCUUGUAUCAGGUUGCAACGAAUCCCUUCAAGGAUUGGAGCGUGCUGCCAGCAAAUUAUCGAGAGACGCCAGCAAAUACAACACCGAAACGGUUGAAAAAACCCAUAAACGAAGCUGAUUACGUUCAACCGGAAAAAGUCAACUUGAAGUCUAUUAAGAAGGAGAAACCCGAUACACCACGUCAUGACACUUCAUCGCCCGUUACAAGUGGUCGUCGCGGACGUCACGCAGCAGCUGCUGCUGCUGCUGAUGAUGAUUACAAACCAGAACCGAAAAAAUCCUCGGCAAAAAAUAGUAGCUCAUCAACUAGCAAAGCGCAACCAGCGUCAAAGUCCUCAUCCUCUAAACAUCAUGCAUCUAUCGCUAAGUCCGAGCCCACUUCUAGCAAGAAACUGCUUGCCGAGGCCAAGGUAAAAAAAGAAAAGGAUCUUGAGGACGAUUUAAAGGGUAUUGAGGAAUUGUACUAUGGCGUACGCGAUGGUUUGGAUGUAAAUUUCGAAAAUUUUCCUUACAAGAAUGACGCUGGCGCUGUUGUUGAGGCCACCAAUGUUGAUUGCCCCAUUUGCGAUCUUACUGAGUCAUUCGAUUCCAAUGAGAAAUUACAAACACAUUUGGUCUCACAUAUUAUUGCCGAUAAGGAUCAUCAGUUCCAAUGUCUAUUCUGUCUGGAUAAGCAUCCCAGCGAGUCGGUACUCACUAAACACAAUCAAAUUAUGCAUCCACUCGAAACGAAGUCAGCUGCGUCAGCUUCUUAUCACUGUUUAAUUUGCCAGCAACGCUUCAAUUCGUUGCAUCAUUUAACGGUGCAUUUGCAGAAGAUGCAUAAUAUGUUGGAAUUGCCAUAUGUUUGUCAGGCAUGUGGCUAUCGUUCAUCGUCGCACCGUGAUGCAGUCCGUCAUUUCUAUGAUGAUCAUAAAAGUCAGAAUUUCUUGCAAUGUCCAUUCUGUUUGGAUAUUUUCCGUUUCUCCUACAAAGGACAUGUUAGCGUUUCCAACAUUGAAAACUAUUAUAUGCAUCUUCGUGCUCAUCUUCAUAAGAAGGAUAUACAGUUGCGUUGUCAAAAGUGUGCGCUCAGCUUUAUCGAAAAGGGUGCAUUAAAGCAGCACUCGGCCAAUCAUCACACUAGCCUUUUGAAGAGCACACAAAAGGUGCUGCCACUGCUCGCCAACUCUAUGCUUAUUGCACCACCGAAGAUACGCAGUCAUCAUCGCGAACCACUACUCUACACCGUAGUUUCGAAACUCGGCGAGUUCUUUGCAUUCAUUGACGGUUCCAUUUGUGCGGAGUGUAACUCUGAAAUUCUAAGUGAAGAGCAUUUCAGUGGCGUUUUGAAAUGCAAUAAAUGUAAUUACAAAUCGUGUUGUGAACGUGCUGUCUUCGAGCAUGCGGCCGAGUGCAGCGGCGGUAGUGUGGCGCACGAAGUUAUGGAAUUGCCACUACCAAAUGAAAUGCAUUGUAUUUGCGGUUUCUCCACAUCGAUUGGCAAUAAGAUGGCACAUCAUUUGGCCACAUGUGGUCAAAAAUCGGCAUAUGCCUCAGUGGAGGCUGCCCAAGAGAACACCGUCAAACGCAAUAUGUUAGAUAUGCUGGGUUUGGUGCGACGCGAUGGUGAAUCUGGUGCCGAAGGUGAUGAACCAAUUGGCGAACAAGCCAACGACACUGCAACCGAAUCUGUAGUUAACGCGGCGGUAGAACCAACCGAAUUGCAAGCACCACAAGCGGCAAUGGACACCGAUACAGUGCAACCCAUACAAUUCGGUGACAUGGAGACCAGUCCUAUAUUGGAUGGCCAAAAUGUACAGCAAGAGCAGCAGCCGCCGCAGCAGCAACAAGCGCCGUCUACACUCGACAACACAGGCGUUGUGGAUCAGCAAGCCGCCACGGCUUAUAGCAGUCAUAUGGUUGAUAGUGGCGAUGUGCAGGCGGCACAAUAUCACAUUGGUUUUGGACAGCCAGAGCAACAACAUGCGCUCAAUACAUCUGAUAUUGAUAUGCCGUUAAUUGGUGAGUUGGCCGAUCCAAAUCCGCCAGCAACGCCACAAUUUUUAGGUGAAGUGCACACGCCUAUGUUUGAUGCGGUGGCAGCUGCUGAGCAACAGCACUAUCAUCAAAUGAUGCAGCAGCAGCAACAGCAGCAGCACCAUCAUAACCAACAGCAAUGAAAACGAAUGAAACAGCGCCAACGUGACUACACGUUGCCGUGGCAAAGCUAUUGAGUAGCGGAAAGUGACGAAUUGUGAGGUACUAUUAAACAAGAGUAGGUUUGUUAGGGAUAUUCACUUAGUGUAUACAUUUUUCGUGCAUUGGCAUGCUUCUUGUAUUGGGAUUUGUUGCAAAAUGUAGUACAUAAUAAUAUCUACUGCAUUUUGCAACUACCCUAUAAGUGUUGCAUAUUUUUUCUUUUGCAAACGUUGGCCAUAAUUUAAAUUAAUAAAUCAUCUAAAUUUAAUUUCUUUACAAUUUACAAAUAAUUGUACUUUUUAUAAAAAAUAAAGAUUUUGUCAAAACAAUUUUCGAGCUAUUCACGAAACUUUUAAUUGCGUGGUGACAUAUGACAGCUGCUUUCUUUGUUUACAUUUAAAAAAUUGUUUCGUAUCAUUGUUUUGCGGAAUCGAGAAACUUUCAAACAGCUAUUCGACAUUAAAAGCUUAAAAUUUUUUUUUAUAUUUUUCUUAUUUUUAAUUUUAUUCUUAAUUUUAAACCAGCUGGAGCUUCGUGAAAACCUCUAAUAAAAGAAUAUUUAACGAUGGUAAAUUAUCAAACUCAGAAUAUCUAUAAUUAAUUUAUUUUUACCGUUUACAUUUAAAUAUUUAAACGUAAAAGAAACAUGCGCAACAUUUAUACCGUUAGUGAAUAUCCCAAUUACUUUCAAUUGUCUCGUAAAUGCUUUUGACUUUAUUUUACUAAAUUUGAUUUAUAUAUGUAUGUAUAUAUAUAUGUAUAUGUAUAAAUAUGUUUAUAAUGUCUAACCUAGUAUGUGGUGCACUUUUAAGUUAAUACAGGUUCGCAUUUUGCUUGAAAUUUCGCCGUUUAUUGUUUAGCAAAAGUUCUUAUUUUAUUUUUAAAUAAGCAAAAAUUGUUCAAUGCUAAAUAAAUACAACAAAAAUGUAAUUAUUAUAUACAAA